ACACGAGGCAAGCACUAUCAUCCCUACAGUCUCCCAUCACAGAUACAAACACACUACAAUGCAGAAAAGAUGCGGCUUAUUUAGGAUCCCAGGCGAGGGUGUGACAGAGGCGGUGCUGAACCAAGUCUGUCUAACUGGAAAGUCUGCACUGUCGAACACGGGCCCCAGUGGCCUCUGAGGGACAGGGGUGGCUCCCCAGGAAUGGGCUGGUGGGAGCUCCCUGGCCUCCACCCUUGCUCUGCCCCCACUCUGCAGCAGCCAGAAGCCUCUCCGAGCGCCAGACAGGCUCCAGACUGACCCUGACCCCGCGGCGGCCUUCUCCACAGAGCCGGCCCUUCCCAGGGCGGCUUACGCCUUGUGUGUCUGGGGCCAUCCGCAGACCUUCCCUUCUCGUGCCCGAGGGGGUUCGGUGCUGUGGCGGGGAGCACCUUAGCCCCCCGGUCUGCACUCCGCGGCGGUCCGGGCGAAUGGCACCAUGUGGGGGGCCCCGAACGGCUGCCUGCCCUCCUGGCAGCCUUUGCUGAGGGUCUGCUCGGGGCCCUGCCCGGGGCUCUGUCACUUCGGCGCUCAGGUCCGAGGGGGCGGCGUCCCCGGAGACCCGGCUGCAGGGGGAGACCCGGGCCCUAGAGACGGGGUCCGGACCCUGCCCGGGGACGCUGGAGCUGGACACCAAGGGAUGCUGGCGCAGAUGAUAUUAACCGUUUUCUUGAGCAACAAUGAACAGAUUUUAACAGAAGUUCCUAUAACACCGGAAACAACCUGUCGAGAUGUUGUAGAAUUUUGCAAGGAACCUGGAGAAGGCAGCUGCCAUUUAGCUGAAGUGUGGAGGGGAAAUGAACGUCCUAUACCCUUUGAUCAUAUGAUGUAUGAACAUCUUCAGAAAUGGGGGCCACGGAGGGAAGAAGUGAAAUUUUUCCUUCGACAUGAGGACUCCCCAGCUGAAAGCAGUGAACAAGGUGGCCGUCAGACCCAAGAGCAACGAACUCAGAGAAAUGUAAUAAAUGUACCUGGAGAAAAACGCACCGAAAAUGGGGUUGGGAAUCCACGUGUUGAACUUACCCUCUCAGAGCUCCAAGAUAUGGCAGCUAGGCAACAGCAGCAGAUUGAAAAUCAGCAGCAGAUGUUGGUUGCCAAGGAACAGCGUUUACAUUUUCUAAAGCAACAGGAGCGCCGUCAGCAGCAGUCUAUUUCUGAAAAUGAAAAGCUUCAGAAAUUGAAAGAACGAGUUGAAGCCCAGGAGAACAAGCUGAAGAAAAUUCGUGCCAUGAGAGGACAAGUUGACUACAGCAAAAUCAUGAACGGCAAUCUGUCUGCUGAAAUAGAAAGGUUCAGUGCCAUGUUCCAGGAAAAGAAGCAGGAAGUACAGACUGCAAUUUUAAGGGUUGAUCAGCUUAGUCAGCAAUUGGAAGAUUUAAAGAAAGGAAAACUGAAUGGGUUCCAGUCUUACAAUGGCAAAUUGACAGGACCAGCAGCAGUGGAGUUAAAAAGACUGUACCAAGAACUACAGAUUCGUAACCAGCUUAACCAGGAACAAAAUUCAAAACUUCAGCAGCAGAAGGAACUCUUAAAUAAGCGCAACAUGGAGGUGGCCAUGAUGGACAAGCGAAUCAGUGAACUGCGUGAACGUCUCUAUGGGAAAAAAAUUCAGCUGAACCGUGUGAAUGGCACGUCAUCACCACAGUCACCUCUGAGCACAUCUGGCAGGGUCGCUGCUGUGGGGCCUUACAUCCAGGUUCCCAGUGCUGGAAGCUUUCCUGUCCUGGGGGACCCCAUAAAGCCCCAGUCUCUCAGUAUUGCCUCAAAUGCUGUUCAUGGAAGAUCCAAAUCCGAUGGCCACAGUAAACCCAGAGUGACCAGCUCAUGGACAGUGUCAGACCUCGACGUCGGGCCUGACUGCAGCUCCUCGAGACCCUCUACAAGCCCAUUUGUAAACCCUAAUGAUGGAAACUGGCCAACAUUAAAACAGAAUUCUAGCUCUUCAGUGAAACCAGUGCAGGUGGCCAGCACAGACUGGAAGGACACGAGCGUGGAGGGGUCUGUCAAGCAGGGCACCGUCUCCAGCCAGCCUGUGCCCUUCUCAGCACUGGGAGCCACGGAGAAGCCGGGCAUCGAGCUUGGUAAAGGGCCACCUCCCAUCCCAGGUGUAGGCAAGCAGCCGCCUCCAAGCUAUGGGACAUAUCCCAGUCCUACGCCUCUGGGUCCCGGGUCGACAAGCUCCCUGGAAAGGAGGAAGGAAGGCAGCUUGCCCAGGCCCAGCGCAGGCCUGCCAAGUCGACAGAGGCCAACCCUGCUGCCCUCCACAGGCAGCGCCCCCCAGCCGGGCUCCUCACAACAGAUUCAGCAGAGGAUUUCCGUACCACCAAGCCCCACGUACCCACCCGUGGGACCACCUGCAUUUCCAGCUGGGGACAGCAAGCCUGAACUCCCACUGACAGUGGCCAUUAGGCCCUUCCUGGCCGAUAAAGGGUCAAGGCCACAGUCUCCCAGGAAAGGCCCCCAGACAGUGAAUUCAAGUUCCAUAUACUCCAUGUACCUCCAGCAAGCCACGCCACCUAAGAAUUACCAGCCGGCAGCACACAGCGCCUUAAAUAAGUCAGUGAAAGCAGUGUACGGUAAGCCUGUUUUACCUUCGGGUUCAACGUCUCCAUCGCCACUGCCGUUUCUUCACGGGUCACUGUCCACGGGCACGGCACAGCCUCAGCCACCUUCAGAAAGUGCUGAGAAAGAGCCCGAGCAGGACGGCCCCACCGGCCCUGCAGAUGGUGGCACUGUGGAGAGCCUGCCACGGCCACUCAGCCCUACCAAGCUCACGCCCAUUGUGCAUUCACCACUGCGCUACCAGAGUGACGCAGACCUGGAGGCUCUCCGCAGGAAGCUGGCCAACGCGCCCCGGCCCCUGAAGAAGCGAAGCUCCAUCACAGAGCCCGAGGGCCCUGGCGGGCCCAACAUCCAGAAGCUGCUGUACCAGCGCUUCAACACCCUGGCCGGUGGCAUGGAGGGUACCCCUUUCUACCAGCCCAGCCCCUCCCAGGACUUCAUGGGCACCUUGGCCGAUGUGGACAAUGGAAACACCAAUGCCAAUGGAAACCUGGAGGAGUCCACCCCUGCCCAGCCCACAGUCCCGCUCCAUGAUGAGCCCGCCCCGUCGUCAGAUGCCAAUGACAAUGAGUUACCUUCCCCCGAACCAGAGGAGCUGAUCUGUCCCCAAACCACCCACCAAACUGCCGAGCCGGCGGAGGACAAUAACAACAAUGUGGCCACGGUCCCCUCCACAGAGCAGAUCCCGAGUCCUGUGGCUGAGGCCCCGUCUCCAGGGGAAGAGCCGGUCCCUCCAGCACCUCUUCCCCCCACCAGUCACCCUCCCGCCACCUCCACGAGCAAGCGGACCAACUUGAAGAAGCCCAACUCAGAGCGGACAGGGCACGGGCUGAGAGUCCGGUUUAACCCUCUGGCACUACUCCUAGACGCAUCCCUGGAAGGAGAGUUUGAUCUGGUGCAGAGGAUCAUCUAUGAGGUGGAAGAUCCCAGCAAGCCCAACGAUGAAGGGAUCACGCCGCUACACAAUGCCGUCUGUGCCGGCCACCAUCACAUCGUGAAGUUCCUGCUGGACUUUGGCGUCAACGUGAAUGCUGCUGAUAGUGAUGGAUGGACGCCGCUGCACUGCGCUGCCUCUUGUAACAGCGUUCACCUCUGCAAGCAGCUGGUGGAGAGUGGUGCCGCCAUUUUUGCCUCAACCAUAAGCGACAUUGAAACUGCUGCAGACAAGUGUGAGGAGAUGGAGGAAGGCUACAUCCAGUGCUCCCAGUUUCUAUACGGGGUACAGGAGAAGCUGGGUGUGAUGAACAAAGGUGUGGUGUAUGCUCUGUGGGACUACGAGGCCCAGAACAGUGAUGAGCUGUCCUUCCAUGAAGGGGACGCCCUCACCAUCCUGAGGCGCAAGGACGAAAGCGAGACUGAGUGGUGGUGGGCACGCCUUGGAGAACGGGAGGGCUAUGUGCCCAAAAACCUGCUGGGGCUGUAUCCACGCAUCAAACCCCGACAGCGCACGCUCGCCUGAACUUCCUUUUGGAGCACUGCGUGGUCUUGCCAGCUACCAGGAGCCACUGAAGAGAUUAUUCUGCUGUUUUCCCAGGAAAGCUGAAGCUAGGAAAUGGUCUUAAUGGUGCUCACUUUAGCAGACAGCGUCCACAAUGUGAAUCCUGCAGUUUCUAGGUGAGGCCCUUUCUCCAGUUUGCCCAUAAGUGGGAGAGGUACUUUUGCCUCCAAGGACUGAAUUUUGCCAAUUACUGUAAAUCCAAAUAAAUACCCGCUUUCCAAACACCCACCCCUCUUGCCAAUAAGUCCUAUAAUUAACCCAUGGUUGGUUGCCAGUGAAGACAAGUUCUGACUGACUUGGCCCCAAGGCUGUCAUCCUCCAGCAGUGAACGCUGUCUGCUGCUGUGGGGCCCGCUCCCCUGCGACAGCCCCGCCUCCUGUCCCAAAUCGGAGACUCAUCCUCCCCACACAUGAUCCUUCUUCCCUUCAUCACCAAAGGAGCCUCUGUAUGGAAACUUCUGUCCAGUGUGCUGCCCAAUGUGUAUGCCUCCCAGCAACCACCCUGCUUGGCCGCCUUGGGGGGUUCUGCUUCCUUUUCCAGGUGCUGCUCUAGUUCACCUAAAGGCUGAUUGUGCAGGCCCGGUGCUGUGGCUGGACUGCUGUGCCAUGGGCACCAGGGCCCCCCCAAGACCAGGUGACAGUCAGGAGCACCUCAGCAUGGACUCUUCUCCCUGAUCUCACAGCCUCUCAUGCUGCUUAGUGUGAUUCUGACCCUCGCAAGCUCGAAUUCCAGUUCUUUGAAUGCAGUCAGGCGCUGGAGGCCAUGGCAGUGGAGGGCAGUGGGGGUUGGGAGCUGGACUGGUGUGAGGGCAGAGCAGGGCCAGGUGGACGGGGAUGUUUGGUGCCUGGUGUCAGGAGGCGCCGCCACCGAGAGGGAGCAGCUAGGGCAGAGGAGCUGGAGGCAGGGGCCACCCCUCUGCUGCUGGUCUCCCUGCCCAGGCUGCUGUCAGGCCAUCACCUUUGUCUGAGGCCCAGCCUCAAGGCAAGGAGGGUGCGCUUCACUGAGGUGUGAAUUGUACGUACAGGCUUUUUAUAUACCAAAAGUAUUUUUUGACUAGACCAUUCAAAGCUCCCCGAACUAUGUUGGAAAUUUUUUUUCCUCAUUAAACUACAGGCCCUUAGGCUCUAUUUUCAUGUAUGAGUCUUGUGUGUAAUUUAUGUAUAGAUGUGUGUAGUGUCACUGAGGCAGCACUGUAGCCCAUCACCUUGGAGCAUUGACUGACUGUACAUAGUGUGGUGAAGAAAAGUGAACUCCAUUGUGGAGCAGCCUGGCCACUGCCAGCACGACACUGCUGACGCUGUGUAAAUGUGCACAAUAAACCCGUCUCACCC